AUGGUUUUUAAUGAUAUCUGCAUUGCCAUCAUGUUAACGUCUGUUUCCCCAAAUCCAAAUGUCCAUGCAAAUUGCCUCUUUUUGUUGACCCAAGCACACUUAACCUAUAACGAGCAACUGGAGCUCUGUGCCCAAGGCACUAAAGAAACUUCCCAAGUGAACGGAAUCCUUCUUCCGAAGAAACUAUGUGACAUCUGGGAUGAAGUCUGGAACUUCCAAGCCCAGCCUGACGACCUGCUCAUUGCUUCCUAUCCCAAAGCAGGAACCACUUGGACACAGGAAAUUGUAGACCUGAUCCAGAGUGAUGGCGAUGUUGAGAAAAGCAAGCGUGCUCCCAUCCAUCUGCGACAGCCCUUCUUGGAGUGGACAAGAAUGACCAUUACUGGGAUCACACAGGCUAAAACAAUGCCUUCCCCUAGGAUCCUGAAGACUCAUCUUCCCGUACAACUACUGCCUCCCUCCUUCUGGGAAAAAAACUGUAAGAUAAUCUACAUGGCAAGGAAUGCCAAGGACAACAUGGUGUCCUACUAUCAUUUUCAAAGGAUGCAUAAAGAUCUCCCUGACCCAGGAAGCUGGGAUGAGUACUUCAAAACAUUUCUGGAAGGCAAAGUGUUCUGGGGGUCCUGGUACGACCACGUGAAAGACUGGUGGAGGAAGAAAGACAGUCACCCCAUCCUCUAUCUCUUCUAUGAAGAAAGGAUGCAAGAUCCGAAAAGUGAAAUUAGAAAGAUCAUGGAAUUCCUGGGGAAGAACCUAAAAGAAGAGGUUGUGGACCAAAUUGCCUAUAACACUUCCUUUGAAGUAAUGAAGAAGAACCCCAUGACCAACUUCUCAAACGAAGCUAGAAUGAAUCAUGGCCUCUCUCCAUUCAUGAGAAAAGGUGUCGUGGGAGACUGGAAAAAUCAAUUCACUGUAGCUCAGAACAAGCAAUUUAAUGAGGACUAUGAGAAAAAUAUGGCUGAUACUUCUCUGUCUUUCUGCAUGGAACUCUAA